GGGGUCGCUGUUCUGCGCUCUCUGCCCCCCUCUCACCAGCACCAGGAGCAGCAGCGGCCGCCGCGCAGGGCCUGGGAAUCUUUUUGUCUGUGAGGCGGAGUGAGGAGCGGGGAUUCCGCGGCCGCCGCAGCCAGCAGCCCCCCGCGCGGGUACCGGACUGAGGGGGCAUCGGGGGGAGGGGAGGGAGGGAAACCCCCCGGAGCAGGGCCCGCCGCGGCCGCCAUCACGGACACCGUCACCCACGGACACCGCACGGAGCCGCCGCCGGCACAAGGCACUCCACACAAAGGGGAGACCAGGAGCCCGGGCCGGCAGCAGCAUGCUCCCUGACACGAAACCGGGACACUGACACCGAGCCGCACCGAGACCCCCGCCACCGGACAGGCCGCACCGAGACCACCGCCGGCACCGCUACCCACACCGAGCUCGGUGCUCACACCGCGGACAACCGGACCCCCGGCACCUCCUGUGCGCUCCAUGAGCGGGCGGCCGGCCCUCCUGUAAGGAGCCCGAGCACCAACCGGUUAUCUGAGGACACCCUCCCCCCCCUCCUCCUCCUAACCCCGGACCAUGGCUAACCCCACCGCCAAAACCGAGCCCGAGCACCGGAGGAAGGGGCUGGCAUUCCUGGACGAGCUGCGGCAGUUCCAUGAGAGCAGAGGGUCCCGGUUUAAGAAGAUCCCCGCAGUUGGCGGCAGAGAGUUGGACUUGCACUCUCUUUACACGAGAGUCACCACUUUGGGAGGAUUUGCUAAGGUGUCGGAGAAGAAUCAGUGGGGUGAAAUAGUGGAAGAAUUUCAUUUCCCAAGAGGAUGCGCAAAUGCUGCCUUUGCUUUAAAACAGUAUUACCUACGGUAUUUGGAAAAAUAUGAAAAAGUACAUCAUUUUGGGGAAGAUGAUGAUGAAGUCCAACCUGGUAAUCCAAAGCCGCAGCUUCCAAUUGGUGCAAUACCCUGCUCGUACAACUACCAGCAGCAUGUUGUACCAGAUUAUUUACGACAAAGUUAUGGGCUUACCAUGGACUUCAAUACACCAAAUGAUUACAACAAACUGGUGCUCUCACUUUUAUCUGGACUCCCAAAUGAAGUGGACUUUGCAAUUAAUGUGUGCACGCUUCUGUCCAAUGAAAGCAAGCACGUAAUGCAGCUUGAGAAGGACCCCAAAAUAAUCACGUUGUUGCUUGCGAAUGCUGGAGUGUUUGAUGACACUCUGGGAACCUUUUCUGCUGUAUUUGGCGAUGAAUGGAAGGAGAAAACAGAUAGAGAUUUUGUACAGUUUUGGAAGGAUAUUGUAGAUGACAAUGAAAUACGUGACCUCAUAUAUGACAAAAAUGGAUACCAAGAAGGUACAUCUCCAGAAUCCUUAUGGGACUCCCUAUUUCACCCUCCGAGGAAACUGGGCAUUAAUGACAUUGAAGGCCAACGUGUUCUCCAGAUAGCUGUAAUUCUGAGAAAUCUGUCAUUUGAAGAAAGCAAUGUUAAGCUUUUGGCAGCUAAUCGUACCUGUCUUCGUUUCCUGUUACUGUCUGCUCAUAGUCACUUUAUUUCCCUAAGACAACUGGGACUUGAUACUUUGGGAAAUAUUGCAGCAGAGCUUCAGUUAGAUCCAGUUGACUUCAAAACCACUCACCUAAUGUUCCACACAAUUACAAAAUGCUUAAUGUCAAGGGAUAGAUUCUUAAAAAUGAGGGGCAUGGAAAUUUUAGGGAACCUGUGUAAAGCCGAUGAUAACGGUGUUCUUAUUUGUGAGUAUGUGGAUCAAGACAGCUACAAGGAAAUAAUCUGUCAUCUUACUUUACCGGAUGUGCUUCUGGUCAUCUCAACCCUUGAAGUGCUCUAUAUGCUCACAGAGCUGGGAGAAGUGGCCUGUGUGAAGAUUGCAAAUGUAGAGAGAAGUAUAGAUACUUUGGUAUGUCUAAUAUCCAUGGAUAUACAAAUGUUUGGAGCUGAUGCACUAACAGCUGUGAAGCUUAUUGAACAUCAAAGCUCCAACCACCAAGUUGUUUCCGAAAUCCGCCCUCAGUCCGUUGAACAUGUUGCUGCUCCAGUGACUGCAAGCCCUGCUCAGACACCACGGCCAACUCCAACACACAAUACUCCGCCUCCGGGAAUUGUAGAGAUAGACAGUGAAAAGUUUGGUUGUCAAUGGUUAAAUGCACAUUUUGAAGUGAGUGCUGAUUGCUCAGUCUCACGCUCAGAAAUGUACUCUGAAUACCUCUCAACCUGUAGCAAAUUAGCUCGAGGUGGAAUCCUAACCUCAUCUGGGUUCUACAAGUGUCUUAGGUCUGUAUUUCCAAACCACACAAUAAAACGAGUAGAGGAUCCAAAUAAUAAUGGACAAGCUCAUAUCCAUGUGUCUGGAGUGAAAAGAAGGACCUUACCUCUUCCUAUUCAGAUGUACUAUCAGCAGCAGUCUGCAUCUAGCGGCAGAGUUGAUAUGCCUGCGGAUGUAGCCGGGACGAAUUCUCCAGGAAUGCCACAGGCAGGAACAAAUCUUUUCCAGAGAGUAACAGCAACCAACCAAGCACCGACUCUGACCGCAACACAAAUGUCUUUUCCCAUUCAAGGCGUCCACACUGUGGCACAGACAAUUUGCCGGCUUCCUCAAAAUCCUCUGAAUCAGGCUCAGCAUCAUCAAAAUACCACAGUGUCUGUAAUACAAAACAAAACUCCAAUUUCAUGUGAAGUUGUUAAAGCUGCGGUAAUACAGGGCUCUGUUCAACAUUCAGGAGUUCCUGUUAGCAUUGCAUUGGGAGGGUCAACACAAGCUUCUUUAGUCCAAAAUCACUGCGGUGCAGGGCAGCAGCCCUCGGUUACUGUAGUAGGUUCUCAGGCAUUAUUUCACCAUCCAUCUGUAAUUCAGCAACAGUCCCCAUUACACACUGUUGUACCAGGCCAGAUUACAUCAGGCACUCCUGUAGCAGUUAUUCAGCAAACUGUACCCCAGGGCCACAUAUUUGGGAGGGUACAGAACAUGCCACCUGGUGCAUCAUCUCUUUCACAAGGUCAGCAAUUACUCACCACAUCCUCCCAGGCAGUACAGGUCACAUCUCAGCAAUCCCCAGCUUCCAACCAGCAGAAAGAUACUGUAAUCAUAACCCCACAACAGUAUGUCACAACCUCCUCACCCAAUAUGGUAUCUGCAACCACAGUGCAGAGUUUUCAAGUUGCAACUGGACAUGUGGUUACUAUAGCAGGUGUUCAGAAUUCCCAGACAUCCAGAAUUGGUUUUCAGAACAUUGCUCCAAAGCCCCUAUGUUCUCAAGUUUCUUCUACAGUUGUGCAGCAACCUCUCCAACAGCAGCAGCAACAACCCCAGCAGAGUGUUGUGAUUGUAAGUCAGGCUGCCCAACAUGGCCAGGCAUACGCACCAGCCAUUCACCAAAUUGUACUUACUAAUCCAGCUGCUAUCCAGGCUUCACAAACUGUUCAGUUAACAGGACAGACAAGCAUGGCUUCAUCAUCUUCUGGAAUAACAAUGAAUAACCAGCUCCCACCUAUAAUGACCUCAGCCCCAACCACUCCAGUCUCACAAGGACCUGCUCCUACUGUUAGCCAGAUGCUUUCUGUAAAAAGACAACAAUUGUCACCAGCACCUCCCCAGCAACAGCAGGCACAAGCUCAACAGCAGACACAAUUACAAACUCAGCAGCAGCCACCGCAGCAGAUGCAAGUACAGGUUCAGCAGUCCCAGCCUUCCAGUGGCGGAGUUGGUCAUACCACUCCAGGUGAAUCUAGCCUCAUAAAGCAGCUGUUGCUACCAAAACGGGGACCUACAACACCAGGUGGGAAACUUAUACUGCCUGCUCCACAAAUACCACCUCCAAGCAAUGCAAGAGCACCUAGUCCUCAGGUGGUUUAUCAAGUAGCUAAUAACCAAUCCCCUUCAUUUGGUGUGCAAGGGCAACCUACACCUCAGCAAAUCUUGGUUGGGCAACAGAAUGUGCAGUUGGUCCAAAGUGCACUGCCUAACCAGACUGCAGUACAGACUGUACCAAUAUCAAAUCUGCAGAUUUUACCAGGUCAGUUAAUCUCAAAUUCCCCAGCUACAAUUUUCCAAGGAACCACUGGCAACCAAGUUACCAUAACAGUUGUGCCAAACACAAGUUUUGCUACUGCAACAGUCAGCCAGGGUAAUGCAGCUCAGAUAAUUGCACCCAUGAGCGGGACCCAAACAGGAGUAGGGCUUCAGGUACAAACGCUUCCUGCCGCUCUUACACAGCCUGGUGGCCAGCUGUCAGGACCUGCUUCUCCCCCAUUUAAAGGUGAUAAAAUAAUUUGCCAAAAGGAGGAAGAAGCAAAGGAAGCAACAGGGUUGCACGUGCACGAACGGAAAAUUGAAGUGAUGGAGAAUCCUUCCUGUCCAAAAGGGUCUGCAAACACCAGCAAUGGGGAAAGCAAUGAAACUGAAGUUCAGAUAGGGAAUCUUCUAAAUGGUAAAAAGUAUGACUCAAGUCUACCUCCAUCAAACUCAGGGAAAACUCAAAAUGAGGCCAGUCCAUGUCAACUGGUCACUAAUGGGUCAUCUGUGGAAUUGGGGGAAAAUCGACCUCCUGGGAAGCAGGGCUGUGAGCAAACUGAAAUGCAGGACACAAAAAAUGACUUUAAAAGGCCACAAGUUAAUGGGAUUUGUGAUUUUGAAAAGGUGGACAGCUCUCACGUGAGCAAAAACAUUCCGAAUCACAAAGCUUCCAAUCACGUAGGAAAUGGUGACAUCUCUAUGGUGGAGCAACAAGAACUUAUAAAUUCUUCACAAGUAACUGCCAAAGUUGAUCAAGUGGAAAAACUUUCUAAUGGACCUUUAUUACCAAACAGUAUGUCACAUUUUGCAAGCAGCAUCCAUGAUGCUGCUAAUCUAGCAAUUCAGAUACAUUGUGGUACACCAACAGACUUGCCCAAUGGGCCUGUAGCUUCAAGUUUGAAUUCAGGUGUGCCUCAGCAACGUCCAUCUGUAGUUGUCUCCACUCAGUCUACAGCUUCUGUUUUACCAGGUCAUCAACUUAUUGCUUUGCCCCACACAGGGCCUAGAAUUUCUCAGCCUGUCCUCCCUGCCGAUAUACGAUCUACUAAUGGCACAACAGACUGCAAAUCUCUUAAGAGGCCAGCAGAUGAUAGUGACAAGGAAUCGAUCCCUGUAAUUCCAAAUAAAGUGGGAGUGAGGAUUGUUACAAUCAGUGAUCCCAAUAAUGCUGGCUGCAGUGCAACAAUGGUUGCUGUUCCAGCAGGUGUUGAUCCCAGUACUGUGGCAAAAGUAGCAAUAGAAAGUGCUGUCCACCAAAAGCAGCAGCAUCCACAUACCUUUGUACAGACUAUGGUUGCACAGAGCACACCUGUGACAACGAUACCAGCAUUACAAGUUCAAGGGCACCUUGUCAGCUCUCAGCCCUCUCCCUACCCUGCAACAUCUACAAGUCAUCAUGUGGAGCAGGUGAAGAAACCAGGACAAAACUUCAUGUGCUUGUGGCAGUCAUGCAAAAGGUGGUUUGAAACACCAUCGCAGGUUUUCUACCAUGCGGCCACAGAGCACGGGGGUAAAGACGUAUACCCUGGACAGUGUCUUUGGGAAGGCUGUGAACCCUUUCAAAGACAGAGGUUUUCUUUCAUUACCCACUUACAAGAUAAACACUGUUCGAGAGAAGCUCUGCUGGCAGGACUAAAACUGGAGGAGCAAGGACAGACUGGAAAUCAAAAAACUUCCAAUAAACAAUCUGGUGCGAGUGCUUCAUCGACUCCUAGAGCACAGAAGGCCAUUGUGAACCAUCCGAGUGCCGCCCUCAUGGCAUUAAGACGUGGAUCAAGAAAUCUUGUCUUUAGAGACUUUACGGAUGAAAAAGAGGGACCAAUCACAAAACACAUCCGAUUAACAGCUGCCUUAAUACUAAAAAAUGUUGCAAAACACUCAGAAUGUGGUCGCAGAUCGUUAAAGAGACAUGAAAAUCAAUUAUCAUUUUUAGCCCUUAGUAAUAUGGAAGCUUCCUCCACACUUGCCAAAUGCCUUUAUGAACUCAAUUUAACAAGUCACAGUAAAGAACAAGAAACAGACUGUGAAAUGCUACAGUGAGGCAUGCCCUUUGUACAACUGGGACUGUGGUAGUCACACAACAUUUCAAGUACUGUUACUGGGGAAAGCACUAAGUCUUAAUGGAACAGAGACCAUCAAUUUCAUCACUAUGUCUCCUCCCGUGUUGCUGAGAGGAAGCUUCACAUUCUGAUCACUGAAUGAAUCCCUUAGUUCUCUGUAAAAAGCAAAAUAAAAAAUAAAAUAAAAAAUAGAAACUGCCAUGGGAUUUUUAACCAGCAGUCUACAGGAUGUCUUUCGCAGUUGAUAUGUCCUGAAGGAAACUGGUGUGUUCAGAAUUCAGUACCAUCCACAUUGGAAUUAACAUGAAAACAUUGUACAACCUUACAUGAGCAGAUAAAAUAGAAGCAUUAAAAUAUUUUUAUCUAUAUCCAAAAGGAGCACAUUUUUAUAUUUACGGAACUGUUUAAGCUGGUUUGAAUAAAAAAUGUCAGCACAUCUGUAACCCCCUCCCAAUAUUGGUGGGUGCCACCAAUUUCUCGCUCUGGAUUGCGUGUUUUGUUUAGAAAUCAGUAGCUUGGUUUUCUUACUUGAGCCAAUAUAUUUUCACGUAUUUAUUAUCAUAAAAUUUACCAGUCUGAAUAGAUCUUGUAAAUAUUUGUGAAUAGAACACCUUUCAUGCCACUGCAGCCACUGGAAGAAAUACAUUCUGUGGUGUUCUAGGAGAAUUAUAGCUAGGUUCAAAAGUUUUUUUAGACUUUUCCUGUCAAUUGUAACUAAUUGUGAUAUAUUCUACGCAGUGGAUGAAUGUUCUUUAAAUUUGUGUAAAUAAUUCUGGAAAGGUACUGAUGCUGUAAAGUCAAAACAGUUUUGUGGAACUGUGAUAUUUUUCCCAUUAAUUUUUUUUUUUUUUUUCCUGUUUUUCUUUUUUCUUUUUUUUUUUUUUGUAUUAUACACCUUGUUAGAACUCAUUUGCUGGCUGAAAGAGUAUGGAAUAAUAUAUCACAUGUCAUUUUUGUAGAAGAAAAACUAUUUGAAGGUAUUUUUUGGUUUUUCCCUAACAUAUAUCCACUGUAAACGUUUGUCACAGUGCAAGCUCAGAGCUUGUACAGAAUUUUUUGUAUUUGUAAAUUGGUUUAAAUACAUGGAAUUUUAUACAGGUUUUUUCCUGUGUUAUAUUUGCAUUAUGUGCAGGUAUGAUAUUUUCUUCACUACUUUUUCUAUCUUAAUAUAGUGUGGGAUUUUAUUGUAUUAUUCUUCCAUUCUUAAUACUGUACCACAUUCCUGCUCAUAUCCUGCUCACGAGUCCUUAAAUUUGUCCUUCCUUCCCACCCUCUCUCACCUUGGCGUGAAGUGUAUCCAUUUAUAACUGCCUAUUGCCUGUUGUAUUAGCAUCAAAAAUGUGGAAGACCUCCCACCACCAUUUCUGCUGUGUCCGUAGGAUGUGCAGUAAAGAUAUAGACCUAACAGUUUAUGUUAUAGAAUGGCUUUAUUUACUUUGGUGACUGUUUAUAGUUUUUAAAUAAAAGAAUGAACAUU